UAGUUUUAGGCGUAGUGGUUCAUUUAGUAGAUUUUCAGUUUAUGUAGAUGAUGUUUUAACGUAUACUUUUCUGAAGUGUAUUAAAAUACUUAUUAUCUGUGCUUCGGUAGAUAAUUGAGUAUCAAUCGAAUAUCUUUUUUAUCGAGAACCCGUGACAAAUUUGUAGUCGUCAAUGCGAAGCGGGGCGUUAGCGGCUAUGGAGGCGGAGCCCGACCUCAGCACCUUCGAGAACAAGUCGGGCUUGGCCGAGGACAUGAAGUUCCUCGCGUCGAUGCCCGAGCUGUGUGACGUCACGUUCCUAGUAGGAGAUACUAGGGAACCAGUUUGUGCGGUGAAAGCCGUACUUGCUGCUAGAAGCAGGGUAUUCCAAAAAAUGCUUUACCAAGCCCCCAGUCCCCAAAGGAAGAAGGAACCAGCUCCUAGAGAAAAUAAGCUUCGUCUUUUCCUCAAACGUUCUUCUGAACCUCUUCUCAAUCUCCAAAAUGCCGCACAACAGAGGUCAACAUUCGCGCAGCAAUUGGCUCCGAUACAAGAGCCUUCAUCUCAACAACAUCAAACCUUGAUUAUUGAAGAGUUUGAACCAGAUGUGUUUCGUCAACUGAUCGAGUACAUCCAUACUGGCUGCGUUACUCUGCAACCAAGAACACUGCUUGGCGUAAUGAAUGCUGCCGACUACUACGGUCUGGACGAGCUCCGCCGCGCGUGCGCAGGUUUCGUACAAUGCUGCAUCACGGUGGAUACUGUGUGCGCUCUCCUGGCUUCCGCUGAGCGAUACAUACAGUAUAAGUGCACUAAAUCGUUGGUGCAGAAGGUCUUAGAAUUUGUGGAUGAGCAUGGUAAUGAGGUGCUGAAUCUUGGAUCCUUCACGCUGCUGCCUCAGCACGUCGUUCGACUGAUACUAGCCAGGGAUGAACUGAGAGCUGAUGAGUUUACCAAGUUCCAGGCAGCCCUGAUGUGGAGCAAGAAAUAUUGCGAUACCAACCCUAACAUGUCCCUUAAAGAUGUCAUCGGCAACUUCCUGGAGUACAUCCAGUUCCACAAGAUCCCCGCCAAUGUGCUGAUGAGAGAAGUGCACCCCCUGGGCUUGGUACCGUACUCCAUCAUCAUGAACGCUUUGGCUUAUCAGGCAGACCCGGCCAGCAUAGAUCCAGGGAAGCUGUCCCCAGCUCGAGUCCGGCGCGCCGGUCGUUCGAUGUCUGUCCAGUCUUCUCUUGACCCCUACGGGUCCAACACCACCCUCUCUUCCACCGGAUCGAGCGAUGUUCCGUCGUCAGACUCUCGGCACAACUAACGCGAGGGGAACUUCCCCCGUCC